GGUAUGCUUCCUCAUUACGAGGUAGAGAACCUUCUGGAUCUCUCUCCAUUCACCACUUGAAGGUGAGUCUGGUUUUCUUGUGCGAAGAAGAUGGGAAGAGCUCCUUGUUGCUCCAAAGUAGGGUUGCACAGAGGUCCAUGGACUCCACGAGAAGAUGCUUUGCUCACUAAGUAUAUUCAAGCUCAUGGAGAAGGCCAGUGGAGAUCACUGCCAAAAAGAGCUGGUCUUCUGAGAUGCGGGAAAAGUUGCAGACUGAGAUGGAUGAACUAUCUGAGACCAGAUAUAAAGAGAGGAAACAUAACUCCAGAAGAAGACGAUCUCAUAAUUAGAAUGCAUUCACUUUUAGGAAAUCGAUGGUCCCUCAUUGCUGGAAGGUUACCGGGACGAACAGAUAAUGAGAUAAAGAAUUACUGGAAUACCCAUCUUAGCAAGAAGCUGAGAAAUCAAGGAACAGAUCCUAAGACACACCACAAGUUAACCGUACCACCAGAGAAGAAGGGCAAAAAGAAGAACAAGCAAAAGCAUGAGAAUAAGAAAGGGAGCUCAGAGAAAACCUUGGUUUAUCUACCAAAAGCGGUGAGGGUGAAGGGUCUGUCAUGUGUGCCUCGAACGGAGAGCACCUUCACCCUGGAUUCGAAUUCGGGUAGUGCAUCGACGAGCCAGGAGAAAGUUCAAAGCCCAGAAGAAGUAGCUAGAGAGGUAAACAUGGUUUGGGGUGUAGGCAACGAAGGAGACCAUGGUGGGGUUGGAAUUUUCUUUGGUGAAGACCACGACCUAGUCAACACCUCUUACGUGGAAUGUCAUUCUGAUGAUGUUCACACUGAUCAUGGUACGCUACAAAAGCUCUACGAAGAGUACUUGCAGCUCUUGAAGGAUGAAGAGAAACCUGCGGAUGAAUUAGAUUCUUUUGCCCAAUCUUUAUUGGUGUAGAUGUAGAAAUAAUGCUAAACUAUUUGCUUGGAAAGUAAUAAAAUAAAGUUUGCUCUAGCAAGCAUGUGACCAUUGUAUUAUUCA